AGCCCAACUAAUAUCUUCCAUGGUGUUCACGUUACUCGUGUUUGGAACCGGAACCCGUCCUUCCCGCCGGGCUGACACAGAUGUCUGCUUCUCCUGAAGAAGGUUUGGUCCAGCAAUGGACAAGUGAGCAGGCCCGUCUGAGACAGCAGCUGGUGGAGGAGGAUACAGAGGACUGGCAGAAGAACCUGGGGUUCUCAGGCCUGGAGAGAGUGGGUGGAGUGGACCUCUCCUUCAUCAAAGGGGAUGAUGUCAAUGCCUGCGCCCAGCUCGUGGUACUCAGCUACCCUGACCUGGAGCUGCUGUAUGAGAACAGUCAGAUGGUGACAUUGACAGCCCCCUAUGUCGCCGGCUUUCUUGCCUUCAGAGAGACCCCCUUCCUCAUCGAGGCUCUGCAGCAGCUAGAGAGAGACAAGCCCGAACUUCUGCCCCAGGUGGUGUUUGUGGAUGGAAAUGGCCUCUUUCACUACAGAGAGUUCGGCCUGGCGUGUCACCUGGGAGUGCUGUCAGGACUGCCCUGUGUGGGUGUAGCCAAAAACCUGCUACAGGUGCAGGGUGUGUACAAGAGUGAAGAGCAUCAGUCACAGAUAGCUGCUCUGCAGAAAGGAGGAGACAGCUUCCCACUCACAGCCACCUCAGGCAAAGUGCUCGGAAAGGCGCUGCGCAGCUCUGACAAGAGCUCAAAGCCGGUGUAUGUGUCCGUCGGCCACAAGAUCAGUCUGGACACAGCCGUACGCCUCACACACUCCUGCUGUCGCUACCGUGUACCAGAGCCCAUCAGACAGGCCGACUGUCGCUCCAGAGAAUACCUUCGCAUACGCUUCCCCUCUGCGGAUACGUGAAAAGAAUGAGGUAGGUGACAAAGUAUACACCACACACAUG